CGCAUUAAGCUCUCGGGCGGGCGGGAGGAAGCUGCGGGCGGGAGCCGGACCGGGGCCGGCGGGCGUGCGUCCGGAGCGGGGUGCGGAGCCGGGCAGAGAGCAAGGAGAGCGGCAUGGGGCGUCGGGCGCCGCCCGCCUGCCUCGCGCUGCUGUGGGGCUGCGCGCUGGCCGCGGCCUCCGCGGCGCAGGGCAAGGAAGUUGUCCUGUUGGAUUUCGCUGCGGCUAAAGGGGAACUCGGCUGGCUCACACACCCAUAUGGCAAAGGGUGGGACCUCCUGCAGAACAUCAUGAAUGACAUGCCCAUCUACAUGUACUCCGUGUGCAACGUGGUGGCCGGCGACCAGGACAACUGGCUCCGCACCAACUGGGUCUACCGCGGGGAGGCCGAGCGCAUCUUCAUCGAGCUCAAGUUCACCGUGCGAGACUGCAACAGCUUCCCCGGGGGCGCCAGCUCCUGCAAGGAGACCUUCAACCUCUAUUACGCCGAGUCGGACGUGGACUACGGCACCAACUUCCAGAAGCGCCAGUUCACCAAGAUCGACACCAUCGCGCCCGACGAGAUCACGGGCAGCAGUGACUUCGAGGCGCGCCACGUGAAGCUGAACGUGGAGGAGCGGUCCGUGGGGCCGCUCACACGCAAGGGCUUCUACCUGGCCUUCCAGGACGUGGGCGCCUGCGUGGCACUGCUUUCCGUCCGUGUCUACUACAAGAAGUGCCCCGAGCUGCUCAAGGGCCUGGCCCACUUCCCCGAGACCAUCGCCGGCUCCGACGCGCCCGCCCUGGCCACCGUCGCGGGCACCUGCGUGGAGCACGCUGUGGUGCCCCCUGGGGGCGAGGAGCCCCGCAUGCACUGCGCCGUGGAUGGCGAGUGGCUGGUGCCCAUCGGCCAGUGCCUGUGCCAGGCGGGCUACGAGAAGGUGGAGGACGCCUGCCAGGCCUGCUCGCCGGGGUUCUUCAAGCCCGAGGCGUCCGAGAGCCCGUGUCUGGAGUGCCCCGCACACACCCUGCCGUCCUCUGAGGGCGCCACCGCCUGCGAGUGUGAGGACGGCUACUUCCGGGCCCCACAGGACCCGCUGUCCCUGCCCUGCACGCGCCCCCCGUCCGCCCCGCACUACCUCACGGCCGUGGGCAUGGGCGCCAAGGUGGAGCUGCGCUGGACGCCCCCCCAGGACAGCGGGGGCCGCGAGGACCUCACCUACAGUGUCUCCUGUGAGCAGUGCUGGCCCGAGUCGGGCGAGUGCGGGCCCUGCGAGGCCAGCGUGCGCUACUCGGAGCCGCCGCUGGGGCUGACCCGCACCAGCGUGACCGUCAGUGACCUGGAGCCCCACAUGAACUACACCUUCACCGUGGAGGCCCGCAACGGCGUCUCGGGCCUGGUGAGCACCCGCAGCUUCCGCACCGCCAGCGUCAGCAUCAACCAGACCGAGCCCCCCAAGGUGAAGCUGGAGAGCCGCAGCACCACCUCGCUGAGCGUCUCCUGGAUCAUUCCUCCGCUGCAGCAGAGCCGCGUGUGGAAGUAUGAGGUCACCUACCGCAAGAAGGGCGACUCCAACAGCUACAACGUGCGGCGCACGGAAGGCUUCUCGGUGACGCUGGACGACCUGGCCCCAGACACCGUCUACCUGGUGCAGGUGCAGGCGCUGACGCAGGAGGGCCAGGGCGCGGGCAGCAAGGUGCACGAGUUCCAGACGCUGUCCACAGGAGGGUCUGGCAACAUGGCAGUGGUCGGCGGUGUGGCUGUCGGCGUGGUCUUGCUCCUGGUGCUGGCAGGAAUCGGCUUCUUCAUCCACCGCAGGAGGAAGAGCCUGCGGACACGCCAGUCCUCGGAGGACGUUUACUUCUCCAAGUCAGAACAACUGAAACCCCUGAAGACCUAUGUGGACCCCCACACCUACGAGGACCCCAACCAGGCUGUGCUCAAGUUCACCACAGAGAUCCAUCCGUCAUGCGUCACGCGGCAGAAGGUGAUCGGAGCCGGAGAGUUUGGGGAGGUGUACAAGGGCACCCUGAAGGUGUCGGGGAAGAAGGAGGUACCUGUGGCCAUCAAGACGCUGAAAGCCGGCUACACGGAGAAGCAGCGAGUGGACUUUCUCAGCGAGGCCAGCAUCAUGGGCCAGUUCAGCCACCACAACAUUAUCCGCCUGGAGGGCGUCGUCUCCAAGUACAAACCCCUGAUGAUCAUCACCGAAUACAUGGAGAACGGGGCCCUGGACAAGUUCCUGCGGGAGAAGGACGGCGAGUUCAGCGUGCUGCAGCUGGUGGGCAUGCUGCGGGGCGUCGCGGCCGGCAUGAAGUACCUGGCCAACAUGAGCUACGUCCACCGCGACCUGGCCGCCCGCAACAUCCUCGUCAACAGCAACCUGGUCUGCAAGGUGUCUGACUUCGGCCUGUCCCGUGUGCUGGAGGACGACCCCGAGGCCACCUACACCACCAGCGGUGGCAAGAUCCCAAUCCGCUGGACGGCUCCGGAGGCCAUUUCCUACCGGAAGUUCACCUCGGCCAGCGAUGUGUGGAGCUAUGGCAUCGUCAUGUGGGAGGUGAUGACGUAUGGGGAGCGGCCCUACUGGGAGCUGUCGAACCAUGAGGUGAUGAAGGCCAUCAAUGACGGCUUCCGGCUGCCCACGCCCAUGGACUGCCCCUCCGCCAUCUACCAGCUCAUGAUGCAGUGCUGGCAGCAGGAGCGCACCCGCCGCCCCAAGUUCGCCGACAUCGUCAGCAUCCUGGACAAGCUCAUCCGUGCCCCCGACUCCCUCAAGACCCUGGCUGAUUUUGACCCCCGGGUGUCCAUCCGGCUGCCCAGCACCAGCGGCUCAGAGGGCGUGCCCUUCCGCACGGUGUCCGAGUGGCUGGAGUCCAUCAAGAUGCAGCAGUACACGGAGCACUUCCUGGUGGCCGGCUACAGCACCAUCGAGAAGGUGGUGCAGAUGACCAACGACGACAUCAAGAGGAUUGGGGUGCGGCUGCCCGGCCACCAGAAGCGCAUCGCCUACAGCCUGCUGGGCCUCAAGGACCAGGUGAACACGGUGGGGGUCCCCAUCUGAGCCCCGACAGCCCUCGCGAACCAUCUGCUGAGAAUACUUGAAGAAACGGACUGGCUUCCUUCUGCGCUGGGCCUCCAGGGACUGUAUUUAUUUCCAGUUUUUCUUUGUUGACACCAUCCUGAGGCCUCUGCUGCGGGGAGAUCUUCGACGAUACCUUGGCCUGAGCUGAGGAGAUGCUCAGGGAUCCUGGGCGGGACCGCCUCUUCGCUGACAAAGGACUGACCAGGCCUCCACGCAUGCGGCGGCUCCGUCGUGUUCCCAGCAUCCCCGCCAAGGCCGCAGACCCACACGCGGGCCAUCGCCUCGCUGACCAUCUCCAUGCGGACCAUCGCCACGCGGGCCAUCGCCACGGUGACCAUCGCCACAGUGACCAUCACCUUGCUGACCAUCUCCAUGCAGACCAUCGCCACGCAGGCCACUGCCACGGUGACCAUCGCCUCGCUGACCCCCGCCUUCCAGAGGAGGAGCAGGGACCUCAUGCCGAGACGAGGAGGAGCCACACUCGGCGGGCAAGACCCAGCGCGGUCCUCCCACCCCCAGCCUCGUCCCAGCCCCGUCCUCAGCCCCCACAGGCCAAACUCUUGCUCCCCCGGGACCCCUGCAGGAUGCUUGGUUGUGUGGAGAUUUUUAAAAAUAUAUAUAUAUUUUGUACCUUGUGGAGAGGAUGUGUGUACAGCGGGGGGCCUGGCCGGGGCUCGGGUCAGACAGCGCCUGCUUCGGACAUUCCCAGACCCGCUCAGACACCAUUUACUACUCUGUCAGUGUUAAUGAUUUUGUUCUGUUGGGGUUUUUUUUUUUUUUUGGAACCUUAAUUUAUUAUUUUUUUAUAUUUAUUGUUAGGAAACGACUUAUUUCUGCUCUGGAAUAAAGUUGCAGAUUGUUCAAA